UUCUUGAAAUUUAACGGCUGCUCUUUUCAGUCGUUUUAAGUGAUUACGAUCCCGACCGUUCAAACUGAUCUCUUUUUCAGUUUUCAAUAGAGUAUAACUGUACAAAAUGAACGCUAGCUGCAGCUACGACUUGUUUGAUCUUAAGCUACCAGAUUAUCGAAUAUCUUUAUCAGUGAUAUUCGCGACAACAGCCGUCUCAGCAACGUUUUUGAACGCUCUUGUCCUCUACACGAUCUGGAAGACUCCUGCUUUACACAAGCCUUCGUACAUUCUGAUAGCAAAUCUUGCUCUCACAGACUUUCUCUCGGGCGCGAUCGUACAGCCGUUGAGUGUCGUCGAAAACGUCACAGUUCUAAUGAAUUUGAAGGAUGUUUACUGUGGCGUUUGGCUUGCUCUUAAAGUACUUGGAUACUGGAUGGGGGCAGAGUCUCUCUUGACUAUAGCAAUUAUCGGUGUCGAUCGUUUGUUGGCCAUUCGAUUGAAGAACAUGUAUCGUCGUGUGGUGACUUUCAAGCGUACUGCAUUGGUUCUUCUAAUUGGGUGGAUAGCUACAGGUCUUAUAACCAUUCCUGGUUUAGUUUUGGUCUGUCUCCCACUCCAUAUUCUUAUUAUAUUGGCCUCAUCUUAUCAGGCAUUGAUGGUGACVACCGUAAUCGCUUGUUAUUCUAUAGCGUUUUACUCCUUGAAAAAGKUAUCUUCAUCAGUGUCACCCAACACUGCUCCAAAUGAAACACCGCCUACAGAAAACCAGGCGUUCAAUAUCAAGAAAUAUCGAGGAACGUUCAAUACAAUGCUUCUUGUGGUCCUUUGUGUACUACUCUUUCAUAUACCAUACAUCGUUUCUAGUAUUUUAGCAGUAAAAGAUGCUCAGUUUUUUCGUCAAGAUGAGUUAUCUUUGGAAAUGUUUAAGAUGUUAAAUGUAUGCGAAUUAAUCGCACAAAUAAAUGCAAUUGCCAAUCCUUUGUUGUAUCUAUGGAGGAUGCAAGAUCUUCGCAAGGCGGUUCUUAGUACCUUGUAA